UGAAAAAUGAUUGUGGAUUGGCGCUUUCUUGUUGGAAGAGUUGUCUUACUAUAGUCUUAUUUUGGCUAUUUGUUAGCCCACGAGUUGUAGUAAAUGGAACGCUGUUACUCCAAUAUAUAAGACAAGGUGUUGAUGAAAUCUCAAGCGACCAUCAUACUUUAUGGAAACUAUACAAGGACAAAAUAAUCGGUGUUGUGUUGGCUUUGAUAGGGAAUUCGUUUACUAGCUUAAGUCUAUGUAUUCAAAAAAAAGUCCAUCUGGAAAAAGCUCCGAAAGCCAGACAUUUUCUAUUUUCGUUACACUGGUGGCAAGUAUUGAAUAUUUCUUUUUAGUUGGUGAACACUGAUGCCUUCUUUACCCUUUUUUUUCCAGGUUAGGACUAACCCUUAUGGGCUUGGGUGAAUUGGGUAACUUUUCAGCUUUUGCUUUUGUUUCAGUUUCUAUAGUUGCUCCUUUGGGUGCUUGGUCUGUUGUUUUGAACGCUUUUUUUGCUGCUUGGUUCCUUCAUGAAAGUCUAGAUGUUAGAAAAGCUGUGGGUAUGCUAUGUUGUAUUGUUGGUGGUAUUCUUUUAGUCAGUUAUGGUCCAAGUGGCAAAACGAUGGAGAGACACUUUGACUAUGGAAAACUUGAAAGUCUAUUAUGGAGACCUGCUUUUCUUAGCUAUUUAAGUUUUAUCAUUUUGUCUCUAUUGGUAAUGAUAUUUGUUUGUUGGUAUACACCGAUAGGAAACAAAUAUGUGAUUGGUUACGUGACAAUAUGUGCAUUAUUAGGUGCUCUUAUUGUUAUCAGUUCCAAAUGUCUUUCAGUUCUAUUGAGAUUGAGUAUCCAAGGAGAACAUACUCAGUUAUUGAACAAAUUAUUUUUAUGCUCGUUGAUAUCCUUGAUAUGUUUUAUUCCUAUUCAAAUUUUAUUUAUCAAUGGAGCUUUACAAAGAUUUAGUAGCUCUCAAGUCGUUCCUGUAUAUUAUGUGUUAUUUACUUUGAGCUCCAUCAUUUCUAGUGCCAUUCUUUUUGAUGAAUUUCACAAUGACGUUUUGUUGAAAACUAUUCCUUUUGCAAUUGGAAUCGGCCAAACAUUUGUGGGAGUGUUUUUAUUGAAUGCUGCUUCUUCCUCAUCAACACUUUAUUAUGCAAGUCCCAGGAGUAUACAUACUCAAGAGUUGCGCAAUUUACAACUGCUGGAUUCGUAUUUACAAUUUCGUUCUUAUCUUAGUUACUCCAGUCCUUUUGGUGAGUUACUCAAUGGACGUUGGAAUCGAAAGGAUUCGGAUUUCGAUCUGCAAAUGACAUCGAAUACAAAUUCCAUGUGGAAAGGUAAUCGUAUUAUUCCGUUGCAAACCGUAGUGAGUCGUGCCGAACUCAACAAGUAUCCAGGACGUGACAUGCAAGAAGAAUAUCAACCAGUCAUCACCAACGAGAAUAGGUGUACAGAAAUAAUAAGGACUGGAACAAACCUCGAGUCAAAACGUAAUGGGACUUUUAUGGAUCUUCUGUUUAGAAAACGUCCAUCUGGUGUGACCUUUCCUGAUUCCACUAUCAAUGAUGUUCGUGUACAAGCUGAACAAAUUCGUAAUCGUCAUAGAGCAGCCUCUUGGGCAGACAAAGAAUGGUAUAUAAUGGAGAAUGAACAGACAAACAAUGAAUGAAACUUGAACAUGACAUUUUAUGGGUAUGAAAAUAAUCGGU